UUCGUAGGUGAAAUAUUAUUUAAUACUUUUGCCGAGCGGUUUAACUUUGAUGUUCAGAAAGCUCUGAUUCCAGCCAUUGAAAUGGAGGUCAAAACCUUAGCUCUUCUUAUUACAAAAUCAAUUUUUGUAAUUAUUGUGAUGCUUUUAUCAGUCAUCGGAAAUUCUCUUGUGUUAGCCGUUGUGCGUCGAAAUCCACGUCUUCGAACCAUCACCAACGCGUACGUCAUUAAUCUGGCAAUUGCUGAUAUCCUUAUGGCUCUCUUCUGUAUGCCUUUGACGAUAAUCUCUCUGAUAACUGUUCAGUGGUCCCUGGGAGAGUUCAUGUGCAAGUUCCAAGCCAUCCUUGGAGUAUCAAUGUCUUUUCUUUCCCUGCAAAUAAUGACUUUGAUGGCUGUGAACCGAUACUUUCGAAUCGUUCACCCAAGGAAAUUUCCAUCCAUAUUUACCAAGCGGUCUACAAUAGUGAUGAUAUGCACAAUAUGGAUUUUCGGACUUUGUUUUGGUGAAAUAUAUGUUUGGGCGGGCGGCGGAGAGAUAGCCUACAUCACUAAAGCAGGGACCUGUUUCCCACGUUACAUCCCACUGGCUGUCGCCAUAAUCGGCUACGUUGUUCCUUCAGGUCUGAUGGUUUUGUGUUAUUUUCUAGUUUAUAGAGCUGUGCGCAAACACUCUAUGACAGUAACAUGCUCGCUGCAGCGCGGGAACCUGCAGUCUGCAGGCCCCAGCUGCGAAGAACUCAGGACCACUAAAAUACUCUUUGUUGUCAUGCUUGGAUUCAUUCUCUGCUGGGUUCCAACCCAAGUUAUCGGUAUACUUCUUGGUAAAUUGAUGAAGACUCUCCCACCUGAGUAUCCAACGAUCUGUUUUACCCUAAUCUACCUCUCAUCUGCCGUUAAUCCUAUAAUUUACGGAGUCAUGAAUCAUAAAUUUCGAAAAGAGUUCAAGAACUUACUUUUGUCUCUCAAGGAUGGGGUGGCAGGAAUGUGCCCUAUUUCAAUGAGAAGAUGGUUCAAAACGAGUACGGCAAACCAUGGCCAUCAAGAACUUUUGGUUUUAAGAGCUAUUUGUGUGAGCCCCUUGCCUCCUCCUUGCCAAUUGCAAAGUACAGAUGGUCAACUAUCGAAAAACUCCAUUUGGCGAAGAUUUAUAAACAAACAGUACAAGAUGCAAGAGAGUGUCGCAUGA